GCGGAGCGCACUGCACCGAUGGCUCGCGACCCCGGCGGCCGCCUGGGCCUUCUGCUGCUGCUGCUGCUGCUCACCUAUGGCCUCGCGGCCGCCCAGGUUGACCUACUGAACUGGCUGUGGGCCCCUAGGACCGCUGGGCCCACGGUGGAACCGGCCUCCGCGCCCCCGCGCAGCCCACACGUGCAGCCCACGGAGGAGACCGCGGCUCACGUGGCCCCCCGGGAUGACCCCACGGAGCAGGGGAGAGCCCCUGACAGCCCUGAGCCGCCCCCGGGGAGGCUGGAGACCGGCCGGGACCAGGCUUCCGCCGUACCCACUGCCUCCACGGCGGGCCCGGACACGAAGGAGGAGAACAUCGCCGGCGUCGGAGCCAAGAUCCUGAACGUGGCCCAGGGCAUCCGCAGCUUCGUCCAGCUGUGGGACGGCACCACUCCCAGCCAGAGCUCCACCGGGGCGGAGACGCCAGCCCCUGGGACCCCCACGGCCCCCCUCACCCUCCCGGGGCCCUCCGGCGUCCCCCCGGAGGACGGGACCACUCUCUGGCUGAGCAGUAGGGCCCUGACCUCUCCGGACACCCAGAGGACCGAGGCUGGCACCCUGCCAGUGCCCACCCAGCUGCCUCCCUCCCCCGGCAGGCCCCGGGCACCGCUCAGGGAGCCCUCUGUGCCGCCAUCUUCUCCAGGUAGAGCUUCUCUCUCCUCUGUGCCGGGCGGGGCCCCUCCCCGGGGGACACAGCCGUCCCCGAGGCGGCCCCACGAUCUGGACGGCGGAGGACCCUCCCCCGUGGCCGCCCGUGCUCGCCGGCAGCGCCGACUCGCUGACAGCCGCAGGCCCGCGCCGCAUCUGCUUCCGCUGGUGACGGGUCUCCCGGGCGCCCACGCUGCCCCCUUGGCUCUGUCCUCUGACCUCCCCGCCCUGGUGUCUCCGAUCCCACUCCCCGCUGUCACCGGGGACAAGGGUGCUUGGGCUCCUCACGUGGCUAACUCUGUGGGGCCUGGUCUCGCUAAUAACUCCGCGCUGCCCGGGGCUGACCUGCCGACCCCCACCCGGCAGCCUGCCCGCCCCGCCGGCCGCUGCCUGCCCCUGCCGCCCUCCCUGCCGGUCUGCGGUCACCUGGGCAUCGGGCGCUCCUGGCUGCCCAACCACCUCCGGCACGCCAGCAGCGAGGAGGUGCGGGCCGCGGCGCGGGCGUGGGGGCCCCUCCUCCGGACGCACUGCCACCGCUUCCUCGCCUGGUUCUUCUGCCUGCUGCUGGCCCCGCCCUGCGGUGCUGGCCCGCUGCCCGCCCCUCCGCCCUGCCGCCAGUUCUGCGAGGCCCUGGAGGAUGCGUGCUGGAGCCACCUGGACGGGGGCGGGCUGCCGGUCACCUGUGCCUCGCUCCCGGCCCAGGAGGACGGGGUCUGCGUGUUCAUUGGGCCGGGUGCAGAGAGCCUGGGCACGGAGGUGGGGCUCCUGCAGCUGCUCGGAGAGCCGCCGCCCCAGCAGGUCGCCCAGGUGGACGACCCUGACGUCGGGCCGGCCUUCGUCUUCGGCCCGGAUGCCAACAGCGGCCAGGUGGCCCGGUACCACUUCCCCAACCCGUUCUUCCGCGACUUCUCACUGCUCUUCCACAUCCGGCCCGCCACCGAGGGCGCGGGGGUGCUGUUCGCCAUCACGGACGCGGCCCAGGCGGUGGUCUCCGUGGGCGUGAAGCUGUCGGCCGUGCGUGACGGGCAGCAGCACAUCCAGCUCCUGUACACCGAGCCCGGCGCCACCCGCACCCGCACGGCCGCCAGCUUCCGCCUGCCCACCUUCACCGGCCAGUGGACGCGCUUCGCGCUCAGCGUGGACGGCGCGACCGUGGCGCUGUUCGUGGACUGCGAGCUGUUCCAGAGGGUGCCCUUGGUGCGCUCCCCGCGGGCCCUGGAGCUGGAGCCCGGCGCCGGCCUCUUCGUGGCCCAGGCUGGAGGAGCAGACCCCAGCAAGUUCCAGGGAAGGAUCGCGGAGCUGAGGGUGCGCGGAGACCCCCGGGUGAGCCCCCUGCACUGUCUGGAGGAGGACGACGAGGACAGCGGUGGGGUGUCUGGAGACUUCGGGAGCGGGCUGGAGGAGAACCGGGAGCUUCUCAGGGAGCAGUCGGGUCUGUCCCCAAAGCCCAGCCUCCCCGAGGCUCCACCGGUCACUUCUCCGCCCUUGGCUGGAGGCAGGAAUGUGGAAGAUUCCAGAACUGAAGAGAUUGAGGAAGAAACCACGAUGUCUUCGUUGGGAGCUUGGACCCUCCCCGGCUCAGACACCGUCACCGCAUGGAGCGUUCGGAGCCCUGGGGGCGGCCCGGAAGAGGGUCCUGCAGGCUCUGCAGUACAGAGCCCCGAUAUGCAGCCUGUACCCGGGCCACAGGGCCCCCCGGGCCCCCCAGGGCCACCGGGGAAGGACGGUGCUCCCGGAAAGGACGGUGAGCCGGGCGAUCCUGGUGAAGACGGGAAACCUGGUGACCCUGGGCCACAGGGCUUCCCCGGGACCCCAGGAGACAUGGGCCCCAAGGGCGAGAAGGGGGACCCUGGGGUCGGGCCAAGAGGACCCCCAGGACCCCAAGGGCCUCCAGGGCCACCAGGACCCUCCUUCAGACACGACAGGCUGACCUUCAUUGACAUGGAGGGGUCCGGGUUCGGCGGUGACCUGGAGAGUCUCCGAGGCCCGAGAGGCUUCCCCGGCCCCCCGGGGCCCCCCGGCGUCCCAGGCCUGCCUGGAGAGCCAGGCCGCUUUGGGAUGAACAGCUCCGACGUCCCAGGCCCCGCAGGCCUUCCUGGAGUGCCUGGGCGGGACGGGGCCCCCGGGCUUCCUGGCGCCCUGGGACCUCCAGGUCCUCCAGGAAGAGACGGGGGACCAGGAAAGACUGGCCAGAAAGGCAGCCCCGGCGAAGCGGGCGCCCCGGGACCUAAGGGAAGCAAGGGGGACCCUGGCCCCACUGGCGCUCCUGGGGAGACUGGCUUGGCAGGAGCCCCCGGACCAGCUGGACCACCAGGGCCCCCCGGGCCCCCCGGGCCUCCAGGACCAGGACUUGCCGCGGGGUUUGAGGACAUGGACGGCUCUGGGGGACCCUUCUGGGCAACUGCUCACGGGGCCAGCGGGCCACAGGGACCACCAGGCCUGCCGGGGGUCAAGGGGGACCCUGGAAUAGCCGGACCACCAGGCGCCAAGGGAGAAGUCGGAGCCGAUGGACCUCCCGGGUUCCCCGGCCUCCCUGGCAGAGAGGGCACAGCCGGAGCCCAGGGACCCAAAGGAGAAAAAGGGACCCAGGGAGAGAAAGGUGACCCAGGGAGGGAUGGAGUGGGGCAGCCUGGCCUCCCCGGACCCCCCGGGCCCCCAGGACCUGUCGUCUACGUGUCGGAGCAGGACAGAGCGGUGGCAGGCGUGCCGGGACCUGAGGGCCGGCCGGGGUACGCAGGCUUUCCUGGACCGGCUGGGCCAAAGGGAGAUCUGGGCUCCAAAGGCCAGCGGGGCCCCCCGGGACCCAAGGGCGAGAAGGGCGAGCCGGGCCCGGUCUUCAGCCCCGAUGGCGGCACGCUGGGCCCUGCCCAGAAAGGAGCCAAGGGAGAGCCCGGCUUCCGAGGACCGCCGGGUCCAUAUGGACGGCCGGGGCACAAAGGGGAGAUUGGCUUCCCUGGGCGGCCGGGUCGCCCCGGGAUGAACGGACUGAAAGGCGAGAAAGGGGAGCCAGGACACGCCAGCGUCGGCUUUGGUGUGAGGGGCCCACCCGGUCCCCCGGGGCCUCCAGGACCCCCAGGCCCUCCCGGGACUCCCGUCUAUGACAGCAACGCCUUCAUGGAGUCUGGCCGCCCUGGACCUCCAGGAUUACCAGGGUACCAGGGGCCUCCUGGACCGAAGGGUGACAAAGGAGAAGUGGGCCCACCAGGACCACCAGGGCAGUUCCCGCUCGACCUCCUCCAGCUGGAGGCUGAAAUGAAGGGGGAGAAGGGUGAUAGAGGAGACCCGGGGCAGAAGGGCGAACGGGGUGAGCCCGGGGGUGGCGGAUUCUUCGGCUCCAGUGUGCCCGGCCCCCCCGGCCCGCCAGGCUACCCUGGGAUUCCGGGUCCCAAGGGAGAGAGCAUUCGGGGCCAGCCAGGCCCACCUGGACCUCAGGGGCCCCCUGGCAUCGGCCAUGAGGGGCGUCAGGGGCCUCCUGGCCCCCCCGGCCCCCCCGGGCCCCCAGGGCCCCCUUCCUUCCCCGGCCCUUACAGGCAGACGAUCAGUGUUCCCGGCCCCCCAGGCCCACCUGGGCCCCCCGGACCCCCUGGAACCAUGGGCACCUCCUCAGGGCAGGUAAGGAUCUGGGCCACGUACCAGACCAUGCUGGACAAGGUGCCGGAGGUUCCGGAGGGCUGGCUCAUCUUUGUGGCUGAGACAGAGGAGCUGUACGUCCGGGUCCGGAAUGGGUUCCGGAAGGUCCUGCUGGAGGCGCGGACACCCCUCCCACGUGGGACGGACAACGAGGUGGCCGCCCUACAGCCCCCGCUGGUGCAGCUGCACGAGGGCCACCCGUACCCCCGGCGGGAGCUCACCCACUCCACGGCGCGGCCCUGGCGGGCGGAUGACAUCCUGGCCGGCCCCCCGCGCCUGCCGGCCCCCCGGCCCUACCCUGGCGCCCCCCACCACGGCCCCUACCUGCACGUCCAGCCGGCUCGCCCCACCGGCGGGCCCGCCCGCACCCACGCCCACCAGGACUUCCAGCCCGUGCUCCACCUGGUCGCACUCAACAGCCCCCAGCCGGGCGGCAUGCGCGGCAUCCGGGGCGCGGACUUCCAGUGCUUUCAGCAGGCGCGCGCCGUGGGGCUGGCGGGCACUUUCCGCGCCUUCCUGUCCUCACGGCUGCAGGACCUCUACAGCAUCGUGCGCCGCGCCGACCGCACGGGCGUGCCCAUCGUCAACCUCCGGGAUGAGGUGCUGUUUCCCAGCUGGGAGGCCUUGUUCUCCGGCUCCUCCGAGGGCCAGCUGAAGCCCGGGGCCCGCGUCUUCUCUUUCGAUGGCAGAGACGUCCUCCAGCAUCCUGCCUGGCCUCAGAAGAGCGUGUGGCACGGCUCGGACCCCAGCGGGCGCCGUCUGACCGACAGCUACUGCGAGACGUGGCGGACAGAGGACGCGGCGGCGGCUGGCCAGGCCUCCUCGCUGCUGGCGGGCAGGCUGCUGGCGCAGAAAGCCGCGAGCUGCCGCAACGCCUUCAUCGUGCUCUGCAUCGAGAACAGCUUCAUGACCUCCUCCUCCAAGUAGGGGCUCUGCCGGCUCAGACAGGCAGAUGGACAGUCAGACGGCCAGGCCGGGAGGCCAGCAGCAGGGGAGCAGGGAAGCCGCCCUUAAGGAGUGUCUGCCCCUGCCCGCCCCCAGGGUGGGACCUGGCUGGCACUCUCCGGUAUGGUUCUGUGGUUCAUGUUUCAUGUAACCCCCGAGAAAUAAAAGGAAACCAAAGAGUGUAUUUUUUAAAAAGUUUAAAACAAAA